GACGUAAUUCAUUAUGACGUCACUGAUUUUUAAAUAAGUGAGCAGCAAAAUUGGUUAUGUAAACCCGGAAAAGAAAAUGAGUGGAAACUUUCCUAUGGAAGAUCUUAGCCUGCCAUUAUUUGAUAAGGUUUACGGAAAACACACUAAAUACACCGACCAUGAAGAGGAGGAAGAAAACAUCUGGACGUUAGGAAUGACAGUCGGAGAACGAUUGGCAGUAAGAGAAAAUCUGCUGCAACGAAGGAGGAAUAUAGUAGAUGUUCAGCUAAUUGCGGCUCUAUUUGGCUUCAUACUUAUGCUUGUAGAAAACGAACUUUACUUAUUAGGAUGUAUUACUAAAUCGUCGAUAACAUCUAUUGUCCUGAAAUCCUUCAUUUCAUAUUCAACUAUCAUACUGCUCGUAUCCAUUAUUUUGUACUAUGUGACGGUAGUCCAACUACGCAUGACAGAUAAUCAUUUGAAUUCCUGGAGGCUAGCUGUGACAUUUCGCGAUACCUACUGUAAGAUUUUCUUAGAAUUAUUUGUAUGCGCGCUUCAUCCUUUGCCAAUUAAUAUCACUAUUCCAAUCUCCAAACCAAACGGAGAAAUAGUUAACGCUUCAUCUGACGCCAUUAUGUCCAUACUGAUGAUUUUACGUGUCUAUCUUCUUGGCAGAAUGGCUGUAGUUCAUAACAAGCUUCUAGCAGGGACAGCAACACACGGUUUAGGAGCUCUGAAUAAAGUCAAAAUUGAUGCGCUAUUUUUGUUCAAGGGGCUGAUGUCCACACAUCCCGGGAAUGUGUUGAUAGUAAUUAUGAUUUCUAUAUUACUCAUCAACUCUUGGGCCAUGAGAACAUGUGAGGCGUUCUAUCAAUUUGAGAAAGACCACUCGGACUACUGGACCAUGAUGUGGAUGGUAUCAGUGACAUUUUUAACCAUUGGAUAUGGUGACAUAUAUCCCAUUAGUGUAUGUGGACGGUUUGUUUCUGUGGCUACUGGUCUAAUGGGGGUCGGCACCACAGCACUUCUGAUCGCCGUUUUAGCACAGAAGUUAGAACCAUCUAGAGCAGAAAAAUACGUGUACAAUUUUGUACUAAAGGCACAGUUGGAUAAAAGGAGGAAGACGGCAGCCGCUGACGCCAUUAAGAAUUGGUUUCAGCUUUGUCGUCUGCGAAGGAGUAAUGUCAUGAACAUGGAAUACAUUCGCGUUCACGGAAAACUACUGCAAGCCAUAAACGCCAUGCAGGAAGCAAAACGCAAGAGGGAUUCCACCGGCGAGUCCACGAUUGGUUUCAUCGAAAUCAGUAAAGGGAUGAGUGACGUGGAGAAAAAGACGGAAGAUGUACAGCGAUCCAUCUGGGGCCUGAAAUCGGACCUUGUGUACAUGCAGAAAAUGGCCAGAGACUUGCAAUGCAAAUUUAACGAUAUACACAGAGUCCUGGUUAGAGAUAAUACACGAUAUAAGCCAAAUUAAGAAGAAUCAUUUUAUUUUUUUGUGUGUGACAUUUUAUA